AGCCGCAACACGGCCAUUUUGUUCUAGACUGCAAGCGAGCAGGUUAGGCCUUGUCCGAGGACUCGUAGACGCUUCUCGUCAGUCCGGCUUCUCUGCUGAGCUCCUGUUCCCGCAGCCAGAGGAGGUGUCCGCCGUUCGCUCCCGCCAGCGCUCUCUAGACCCACAGAAGCCCGCUCUUCCACCGCCGCCAGCCUUUUCCUCUGCACUCCGUGCACGUAAUAAUAUCGCAUGUCCGCUAUCCAGAACCUCAACUCUUUCGACCCCUUUGCUGAUGCAACUAAGGGUGACGACUUACUCCCGGCAGGGACUGAAGACUAUAUCCAUAUAAGAAUUCAACAACGAAACGGCAGAAAGACUCUGACCACUGUACAGGGGAUUGCAGAUGAUUACGACAAAAAGAAACUUGUAAAAGCUUUCAAGAAGAAAUUUGCCUGUAAUGGUACUGUGAUUGAACAUCCAGAGUACGGUGAAGUCAUUCAGCUGCAGGGUGACCAGAGGAAAAACAUCUGUCAGUUUCUUAUGGAAAUUGGCAUUGUUAAGGAAGAACAGCUGAAGGUCCAUGGCUUCUGAGAUGUGAAUUACGUCACACUUUUCUGCCAAGGCUGGCACUCUUAAAACAUGAAUAUUUGCAGUAGAAGGACUUUUAAUAUGUCUGAACAUUCAACUCUAGGUCCUUUUGUGCAUGAUUAUCAAAAAUGUGUAAAGAGUAGGCUAGUAACACAUAAAAAGAUAGCUGUUAGAUGGUAGGUUGGAACCAGGAGUUUUAGCACAUUUCCAAUGGAAAUGUUUUAGUGAUCUGUCACCUUUUUUUCCACUUGAUUUGAUGUUUUUGUUGUAUUAAAUGUUUGUUGCUGCCUA